AUGGAGUCAUGUCCAGUCGAACCAGGAUUUUAUUUCAUCAAAGAUUUCGAUGCCGGUGAAAGAUUGAUGCCAUACGCAGUAACAGAAACCAAAAUUUUUAUUGCAGUCGAUAUAAAAACAAAGGCUAAUGGGAAAAUGGUUGAUUUAUUCAAUUACAAAAUUCAAUAUGAAGUUAAAACUCUUGACAAUAAUAAUGCUGUGACUACAAUUGCCAAAGUGACAUCGCAUGUCAUAACAUUCAUAGUUGCGAAGUCUUUCAUAGUAACAACCAUGAAAUUGGAAACUUUUCUGGUUAUAGUUUUUAUUUUGAUCUUCGUCAAAUGUUCUGACCAAGCAGUUAAAUUUUUGAAUUGUGUUAUCUUAAUUGAUCCCAUGAAAAUAAUUGUUAGCAAAGUGGAAGAAACUCAUAACAAGUAUAUGCUUGACUUCAAACAUUCUUUAAGAAUUACUCAAAAUUUCACAAAUUAUAUCAGCAUUAAUGUCUCAUUGUUUGUGAAAUUAGACUCAACAUUGAUGCCAUACGCAAUAACCAAAAUCAAAAUUGUUAUUGUAGUCGACAUAAAAACAAAGAUCAAAGGGGAAAUGGUUGAUUUAGGCAAUUUGACGAUUCAUUAUGAAGUUGAAGCUCUUGAAAUAGUAAACAUUGAAUGA